AAGAAAUAAUUUUCAAAUAAAAACCAUUGAUUUUACUAUGGGCAGUAGUACGGGUGAAAAUUAUUGUAGUCAAAUUUAUCGUGUUACUGUUUCGUAUAAAUCUACAAAUGAUAACGGAAAUGAUGGUUACAUUUCUGUUAUUAUUAAAAGUAUGCCACAUACAGAAGCUACUGAUUUUUUGUUGGAUUUAAAUGUUUUCCUUAAAGAGGAAUAUUUUAUAAUGAUGUUUUGCCCAGGUUGGAGGUGUUGUGUAAGGAUGAUUGUUAAAUUGCUCCAAGACUUUAUCACUCUUUAAAAACUCCCGUCAACACUUUGGUAUUUGAAGACUUGGCUGUAGGCAAAUUUGAAAUGGCUUCUCGAGAAAAGGGAUUAGAUCUAGCACACAGUCUAAUGGUUAUGAAUAAAUUGGGAAAGUUCCAUGCAGCCUCAGUUAAACUCUUUAAAAAGGUUCCUGAAUUACAACAAUGUUUCAACUCGGGCAUGUUAGCCGAUACUGCCUUAAAUAAGGACGAGGGUAUGGUUAUGAAAUUUUUCGGUAAUAAUAUUAAAGCACUCAUCGAUUUAAUCGAAACCUGGCAGGGUUAUGAAAAAAUUACCGAGAAAUUAAGAAAUUAUUCUAAAAACUUAAGAAACAAUCUAAGACGCAGUGGAGCUGUGGAGAAAAAUGGUUUUUGUGUCUUAAAUCAUGGAGAUUUAUGGGUCAAUAAUAUACUCUUCAAAUAUAAUGAUGAACGUAAACUUGUUGAUUUAAAUUUUGUAGAUUUUCAAAUGUCUGUUUGGAAUACUCCUGGUAUUGAUUUGAAUUAUUUCUUUUAUACCAGUAUUGAGUUUGAUAUUUUAAAAAAUAAAUUGGAUGUGCUGAUUAAAGAAUAUCAUAGAUCUUUAAGUGAAGGUAUGAAAGAAUUGGGCAUUAAGGAAAUACCCUCUUACCAAGAUAUAUACAAUGAGGUACAAAAGAGACAAUUGUAUGGAUUCUUUGCUCAUUAUGGUGUUUUUCCGGUAAUAUGUCAAGAUAAGGAACAAUCGCACGAUAGCAAUUUGGAGAAUUUCAAUGAUGAAGCAUUCGCUAAGCAAAAGUUAAAGCAAAUAUUUGCCUCCAAACGUUUACAGGCAUUUUAUCGUUAUACUUUGGAGAACUUCGAUAAAAUGGGUAUAAAACGAUCCAGCAUUUCCACAAUGGAAAUCGUUUACGAUAAAACGGUGGUUGUUAUACCAAAACAUUUAAAUUUAGAUUUUUUCGAAGAAAUUGUUGAAAAUGCCGUACAAGAGGCGAAUCCUUUAAUUAAAAGGAUUUUUAUAAAAAUGGGUAGUAGUGCGGGUGAUAAUUAUUGUAGUCUUAUCUAUCGCGUUUUAAUCAGUUACACUUUAAGCGAUGAUUCGGGAUUAGAACAUACACUUUCGGUUAUUAUAAAAAGUAUGCCUGUGACGAAAUCGAUUGAUUUUUUGGAGGAUAUGAAAGUGUUUUUAAAAGAGAAAAUAUUUUAUUAUCAUGUAUUGCCAAUAAUGGAAAUUUUCACGAAUGAUCGUAAACAAUUUGGUGCAAAGCUCUAUCAAUGUUUGAAGAAACCCAUAAAUACUUUGGUUUUCCAAGAUUUAGGAUCUUUGGGUUAUGGUUUGGCCUCACGUGAACGGGGUAUGGAUGAAAAUCAUGCCUCGUUGGUGUUACGGCGUUUGGCACAGUUUCAUAGCAUUUCUUUGGUGGUUAAACAGAAGGAUCCAUCUCUCUUCAAAUGUUUCAACUCUGGAAUUUUGGCUAAAGGAGCUAUACAACGUGACAACAGCACAUUCUAUUGCCUAAUCAAGGCAAGCUGUGAGGCCUUAAUUGAUUUAGCAAAGACAUGGAAAGGUUAUGAAGAUAUAUGCCGAAAACUAGAGAAUCAUUUGAAAAACUUACGCUCUAAACUCGAACAAAUGCAAAAACCGCAAGAACAAGAAUUUCAAGUAUUAAAUCAUGGCGAUAUGUGGGUCAAUAACAUGAUGUUUCGAUAUGACUCCCCCAAUUCCCAACAACCCCAAGAUGUGGUAUUUGUAGACUUUCAAAUGAGCAUAUGGGGUAGUCCCGGUAUCGAUUUGAACUACUUCUUCUAUACCAGUCUACCGGUUAAAUUGUUAAAGGAAAAACGUGAACAUUUCAUAGAAAUCUAUUAUGAAGAAUUACAAAGUUCACUGAAAAAAUUAAAUUAUGAAAAAAUACCCACAUUACAACAAAUACGCGACGAAGUGAGAAAACGUGAAUUGUUUGGUUUCUUUGCCAAUCAUGCCAUUUAUCCCAUUAUUAGCAUUGAUAAGGAAAUUGCCGCCGACAGUACGUUUGAAAAUUUCGCUGAUCGUGAAUUUGCCAAAAAGAAAUUCAAACAAAUUUUGGAACAACAAAAACUUAAGGACAUGUACGCUUACACUUUGCUACAUUUCAAUGAGAUGAAAGUGUUUGAUUAACACUUGAAUUUUGUAUUGCCGUUUGGCGCGACAAAUGCAUUCACAUUCAAUUAAAUUUUAAGUGUCUUUUUAAAAAUGAUGGUGUUGGUUUGCAGAAAAUACAACAAUACAUGUAGAGUUGUUUCAUUUUAGUUUAGUUAAAAGUUUAUAUAAUAUCAGGUGUCAAAUAGAGUAUUGUAAUUGCU